CAUGAUACAGAGAUCAAACGUGGUCUGGUCACAGAGGUCACUUUCACGACCGUCACUGUGGCCGGUGUCAUAGUCUGGGUUGAUGAGAACAGCGCUCCGUACUCAACCGAGGCGGUGAGUAUAGUCACAACUAUGGAGACAACUGCGACCGAACUCCCGUCUUUUGUUAUCCCGUAUACAUCUUCCAAGACUCCAGUGAUCACUUCUGCCCCAUUGACCUCCUCAUCCAUUUCUGUCGUAUCAUCCAUGGAUUCAAUCUCUUCAGUUAUCUCUUCAAUCCCGCCAGUUUUGGUUUCGGCCGCUCCUGCUGAAUCAUCUUCUCUGGACACGUCUUCGAUGGCUCCCAGCUCAAUUGCAGAACCUUCAUACGCUCCGCCACUGCCAGACACAUCGUCCACCGCUACCACGAAGUCGUAUACUACUUCAAGUCCGCAGGCAUCUUCCAACACUUGGUUUCCAAUCGGCGUUGCUUGGGAUGCCUUUUCUAUGAUCAACGGCCAGCCGCAAUGCAAGACAGAAUCACAGGUCGCUAGCGAAUUCGAAAUCAUCAAAGAAUACGAAGUCGUUCGAACAUACGGAAUUGGGUGCUCUCAAGUUGAUCUAGUAGUACAACACGCAGUUGCGAAUGGACAAAAGCUGAUGUUGGGUUUCUAUCUGCCAGAUGAGACACCGUCCGAUGCAGUUGAAGCGUUCUCUAGCGCCAUUGAGGAAUACGCGAAGAGCAAUUGGGAUGUGGUCAUCGCAGUCACAGUGGAGAAUGAACGAGCGUCAGAUCACCAACUUACCACCUCGGCUAUUGUCGAUGCAAUAAACCAGACUCGGGAGGGUCUCCGUGCGGUCCACUACGAUGGCCCGGUUGGAGCUGUUGAAACUGCAGCAUUUACUAUUAGCGAUCCGACCAUUUGCGAUAAUUCCGACCUCGCGUUCGUUAACAUCCACCCCUUCUUCGAUGAGAACACUGAGGCUCCAAAUUCUGGCCAGUUUGUUAAAGACCAGGUCGCCCUAGUCGAGAAAGUCUGUCCAAGCAAACGAGUUAUUGUUAUGGAGUCCGGGUGGCCAUACCAGGGUCAGGCGCAUGGCAAAGCUAUACCAAGCCGUGAUAACCAGAAGGUGGCCAUCGAGUCCCUCCGAAGCAGUUUUAGCCAAGACCUAAUCCUCCUAUCCCCGUUCGACUCCACUUGGAAGAUGGAGACCGCAGAGACCUUUUAUGCUGAGCGUCAUUGGGGCUUUCUCUCCACUUAAGGGACUCCUAUGGUCUACCGUGAUUCCCUGCUUUUUUUUUGGUUUUCAACCUGCAUGACAACAGCCUAGGUCUGUCCACACCAGCAAAGGGCAUCUAUUGCUAGGAUGAAU